AAAGUGUAUGGUUCACUGUGAAAGUAUCCUAAAUUGGGUAUUAUUUCACAACAUUAAUUCAUAUUUUAAUUGAUUCUAUUAUGUUACGAGGAAUAGUGGCAACACCGCUCUUGAGGGAGACUGACAUCUGAUUGACAGAAGGGAAUAGAUGUCAGGCGAGAUGUCAGAAAAAGGAGGCAAUUGGGUUUUUGGGAUGAAAAAUGGUGGUUCGAGUUGUGGAUUAUAAAAAUGUAAUUUAUUGCUAAAACUAUGAAUAAUGCUGAAAGUCAUGGAAAUAAACCUAUAUCGUGUACGUUUGGUGGUUUUACUACAGAUCAGAAGCGUUGGAGACGAGACGAGAAAACUGGACCACUCAAGAGAUAUGGGAUGCAGCACAACUACAGAUGAGUUGAAGAUGGACAAAGAUGAGCCUGCGGUGCGGCUGUGCCUGCGGUGCGGCUGUGCCUGCGGUGCGGCUGUGCCUGCGGUGCGGCUGUGCCUACGGUGCGGCUGUGCCUGUGGUGCGGCUGUGCCUACUGUGCGGCUGUCCCUGCGGUGCGGCUGUGCCUGGGGUGCGGCUGUGUCUGCUGUGCGGCUGUCCCUGCGGUGCGGCUGUGCCUGGGGUGCGGCUGUGCCUGGGGUGCGGCUGUGCCUGGGGUGCGGCUGGGGCUGUGCCUGCGGCUGCGGUGGUGCGGCUGGGGUUGCCAGCGUCUACAUCUCCGGGUACAGGCCUGGAGUUGGAGCCGUGGUGAUGGCAGCUGUCAGAGCUGUCAACAUCAAUAUCAACCGGACCAAGGCUGGAGGAACAGUGGAGGAGAUGGCUAUCAGUGGUGUCAGUACCCAGACCGAAGACACCAGACCAUACCAUACCAGACCAUACCAUACCAGACCAUACCAUACCAGACUGAGGCGGGAGUCUGAACUUCGGUUCGCAUGCUCAAUGGCCGACGGGCGGCAGUGGCGACGCCAUCAUCAACAGGACUGGAGCUACAUCUACAGUUGCAUGAUCACCAUGAUUAUUAUAAGGAGCACCGAACUGGGUGUUAUUUACAUAUUAUUUAGUUAGUUUUGAUCAGGUGCAUAAAGUUACUCGUAAUGAAGGUUAAUAAAGGUAUGAGGUACCUAUGUUAUGGUUAUAAGGAAAGGGAAAAUUAAUUUGAAACCUGGAUGAAUUCCAUUGCAUUGGUAUUGUUAUUAAUUUUGAAUGGUGGUUGCACAGUUAUCUUGCAAUGUUUUAUUUAUACUUAAUUGCUUUU